CAUGUCUGUUCCUCAGGGCCAUGUUCUGCAGUAACUUGUCAUGUCUGUUCCUCAGGGCCAUGUUCUGCAGUAACUCAGGGCCAUGUUCUGCAGUAACUCAGGGCCAUGUUCUGCAGUAACUUGUCAUGUCUGUUCCUCAGGGCCAUGUUCUGCAGUAACUCAGGGCCAUGUUCUGCAGUAACUCAGGGCCAUGUUCUGCAGUAACUCAGGGCCAUGUUCUACAGUAACUCAGGGCCAUGUUCUGCAGUAACUUGUCAUGUCUGUUCCUCAGGGCCAUGUUCUGCAGUAACUUGUCAUGUCUGUUCCUCAGGGCCAUGUUCUGCAGUAACUCAGGGCCAUGUUCUGCAGUAACUCAGGGCCAUGUUCUGCAGUAACUUGUCAUGUCUGUUCCUCAGGGCCAUGUUCUGCAGUAACUUGUCAUGUCUGUUCCUCAGGGCCAUGUUCUGUAGUAACUUGUCAUGUCUGUUCCUCAGGGCCAUGUUCUGCAGUAACUCAGGGCCAUGUUCUGCAGUAACUCAGGGCCAUGUUCUGCAGUAACUCAGGGCCAUGUUCUACAGUAACUCAGGGCCAUGUUCUGCAGUAACUUGUCAUGUCUGUUCCUCAGGGCCAUGUUCUGCAGUAACUCAGGGCCAUGUUCUGCAGUAACUCAGGGCCAUGUUCUACAGUAACUUGUCAUGUCUGUUCCUCAGGGCCAUGUUCUGCAGUAACUCAGGGCCAUGUUCUCCAGUAACUCAGGGCCAUGUUCUGCAGUAACUCAGGGCCAUGUUCUGCAGUAACUUGUCAUGUCUGUUCCUCAGGGACAUGAUCUGCAGUAACUCAGGGCCAUGAUCUGCAGUAACUCAGGGCCAUGUUCUGCAGUAACUCAGGGCCAUGUUCUACAGUAACUCAGGGCCAUGUUCUGCAGUAACUUGUCAUGUCUGUUCCUCAGGGCCAUGAUCUGCAGUAACUCAGGGCCAUGAUCUGCAGUAACUCAGGGCCAUGUUCUGCAGUAACUCAGGGCCAUGUUCUACAGUAACUUGUCAUGUCUGUUCCUCAGGGCCAUGUUCUGCAGUAACUUGUCAUGUCUGUUCCUCAGGGCCAUGUUCUGCAGUAACUUGUCAUGUCUGUUCCUCAGGGCCAUGUUCUGCAGUAACUUGUCAUGUCUGUUCCUCAGGGCCAUGUUCUGCAGUAACUUGUCAUGUCUGUUCCUCAGGGCCAUGUUCUGUAGUAACUUGUCAUGUCUGUUCCUCAGGGCCAUGUUCUGCAGUAACUUGUCAUGUCUGUUCCUCAGGGCCAUGUUCUGCAGUAACUUUGUGGAGAGCAGACAGGGUCGUGUGGAUCUGAAGGGUAUCUCCCCUGACGUGCUCAGUGGCAUAGUGGACUAUGUGUAUACAGGAGCCAUCACCAUCAGCAUGGACAUAGUGCUGCCUCUAAUGCAGGCUGCCUCUAUGCUGCACUAUGGACGGCUGUUUGAGGCCUGCUCCACCUUCCUUCAGGAGCAGCUGAGCCCAGACAACUGUCUCAGUAUGAUCAGGUUGUCUGAGAUCCUCCACUGUGACAGUCUGAAGGAGAGGGCUAAGGAGAUGGCCGUGAGGAGCUUCUCAGACGUAGCUGCCUCCGAAGACUUCUGUGAGCUCUCCUUACCGGAGCUUAUGUGUUACCUGGAGGACGAUCGGCUGUGUGCAGAGGAGGAGCAGGUGUUUGAGACCCUCCUGGCGUGGAUCCACCACGACCCGUUCUCCCGGCGCGGCGCCAUCCACGACCUCUUCAAGAAGGUGCGCCUGCGCUACAUCCACCCCACCUACCUGUUCCAGUUCAUCGCCAACGACCCGCUAGUGCAGUCCUCCACGCUCUGCACUGAGAUCAUUGAGUCCGUCCGUCGCCUCAUGCUCUCGGUCAGUGCCAAGUGCGGUCGUGAGCUGAAGCCCCUCUGGACCACACCGCGCCGCUACACCUGCCGAGAGACGCUCGUUGUGGUCGGCGGGCGCAAGAAUAACGAGCAGACAUCCCGGGAAGCCCUGCUCUAUGAUGAGAGGACUCAGCGCUGGCAGUGGCUGGCCAAGCUGCCCCUACGACUCUACAAGGCCUCCUACGUCUGUAUCCACAGCAUCCUGUAUGUGGUGGGGGGGCUCAGCCUCAGCAUGGCCUCAGGAGACAGCUCUGUGUCUGCCACCGUCUACACCCUCUCCCUCAAGACCAACCAGUGGAGGACGGCUGAGCCCAUGUUGGAGCCGCGCUACGCCCAUCAGAGUGUCUCCUAUCUCCACUUCAUCUUUGUCCUGGGGGGGAUCGGAGUUGACAAACAGAUCUCCAACUCCGUGGAGAGGUACAACAGUAUGUUUAACCAAUGGGAGGCCAUGGCUCCUCUCCCCAGCGCCGUGCUGCACCCCGCCGUCGCCGCCAACGACCAGAGGGUCUAUGUGUUCGGAGGGGAGGACGCCAUGCAGAACCCUGUCAGGGAGAUACAGGUGUAUCACAUCUCCAGGAACCUGUGGUCCAGAUUGGAAACCAGGACAGUGAAGAACGUCUGUGCACCUGCUGCUGUCAUCGAAGAUAAGAUCUACAUCAUUGGAGGGUACACUAGACGGAUGAUCGCCUACGACACCAAAGCCAACAAGUUUGUAAAGUGUGAGAACCUGAAGGAGAGGCGAAUGCACCACAGCGCCACGGUCAUCAACAACAAGCUGUACGUGACGGGGGGGCGCUUCCUGAACGGGCACGACACCAUCGAGGACUCGGACUGCUUCGAGUGUUACGACCCCAAGACGGACGUGUGGACCUCCAAGGGGACGCUGCCAUACAAACUGUUCGACCACGGCUCCCUGCCUCUGGUUUGUGUCUCCAACAGACCCAACCCCCCCUGAGUGACCCACAACAUCUUAUCAACAUCAUCUGGUCGUCUGGAGUCCAACAGUAGGGUGAACAGUGGGACUGACUUCUACAGCUGCCUCUCUGUCCCCCAUUACAGAUGCAAUGUCCUCCACUCCUCCAGUCCAUUGUCACAUUUGAGCUGGUCCACAAACUGUAUAUGAUCUCUCUGAUGAGUGACCCACACCAUCCCCAAAACUCCUUGGACUCCUAGCCUAGCCGGCUCCUAACCUAAUCUAGCUAGCUACCUGUCAUGGACUCCUAGCCUAGCCGGCUCCUAACCUAAUCUAGCUAGCUACCUGUCAUGUUACUCCUUCACAGCAGUUAUAAUUGGACACCACAGCUGGGAUCGGAAACCAUCUGAACAGACAGACGUUGGUCUCUUCUCUCACACAGUCACAGGACGUCAACACACGCCUCAGACAUGGUCUUGAUGCUAGCAUCUGUGGCGUUCUAAAUCAAAACCUGAGAUCUUAGCUGGCAGGCAGAGGUGUCACAAGGGCCCCAGGGAGGGAGGGAGGGAGGGAGGGAGAUCGGAGGACAGAGUCUCCACACUCCUCCAAGGGUAAAUCUGAAAUGACACCCUAUUCCCUAUACAGUUCACGACUUCUGGUCAGAACUAGUUUACUACAUAGGGAAUAGGGUAGGCUCUGGUCAAGACAAGGGAAUAGGGUGCCAUUUCAGACCAACGCUCCCCUACCCAAACUAAGUCCACAUAACACUGAUUGAAGCCCUGUAACAGAGCUGGAUGAUAUGGCCAUAAAUUGCCUGAAUUGAUAUAAUAACGAUAAAGAAUAAGGAUCCGUCUCUAACAUGAAGGUGCACCACAGUUUCUAGCAUGAAUGUGCACCACAGUUUCUAGCAAUGUGCACCAUAGUUUCUAACAAUGUGCACCACAGUUUCUAGCAUUAAUGUGCACCACAGUUUCUAGUAUUAAUGUGCACCACAGUUUCUAACAUUAAUGUGCACCACAGCUUCUAACAAUGUGC